AUGGGCUGGAAGUUUCCGGAAAUGGGAUUUGUUGGAUUUCAGAAUUGCUAUAUUGCUGUGGUCAAGAGCGGAGGCAUCGAGACCAUAUCAAAUGAAUUCACAAGACGGAAGCACGCCGUAAGUGGACUGUGUUUGCCUGUGGUUUCAUUUUGUUCAAAGAACAGAAUUAUAGGAAAUGCUGCAAGAAACCAGAUGAUAACCAAUCCCAGAAGCACCGUCUUUCAUUUUAAGAGACUGCAUGGCAGGUUGUUUGAGGAUCAUGUUCAAAGUGAAAGAGGGAGUUUACCAUAUGAAUUGGUACCACUAAGUGAUGGGAGGGUUGGUCUUAAGGCCAUGUACCUCAAUGAGGAGCAUCACUUUAGCGCUGAGCAGAUCACAGCUAUGUUGUUAACCAAAAUGAAAGAUAUCACAGAGGCGAAUCUACAGAAGAAAGUGGCAGAGUGUGUCAUCUCUAUCCCCUCAUUCUUCACUGAUUCAGAAAGAAGGUCCGUGCUGGAUGCUCCCAAGAUCGCCGGUUUGAACUGCCUGAAGCUUAUGAAUGAUAACACAGCGGUAUCUUUUGAACUCGCUUUUCAAUUCAACAGCACUUUGUCACAUCUAAAGCAAUAUUUACACUUCUGUAUUGUUUGUCAUCCCAGUGGCUUUAAACUAUGCACGCUCUGUACUUUGCAGGUACUGUCGACUGCCUUUGAUCCUUAUUUGGGGGGGAAUGACUUUGAUCAGAGGCUGGUGGAAUACUUCUGUGCUGAGUUUAAGGCAAAGUACAAACUGGAUGUAAAGUCCAGGGUUCGAGCUCUGCGACUGACGCAGGAGUGUGAGAAGCUCAAGAAACGGAUGAGCAGCAACUCCACAGACAUUCCACUGAACAUCGAGUGCUUUGUGGAUGACAAGGAUGUCUCUGGAAAAAUGAAUAGGGCUAAAUUUGAAGAGCUGUGUGCCGAUUUGAUCGAGAGGGUGACGGUUCCCCUGGUGGCAGCUUUAGAACAGGCUCGCAUACAGCUUCAGGACAUCAGCGCGGUGGAGAUUGUUGGGGGAGCGACACAGAUACCUGCGGUGAAGGCCCAGAUCUGUAAGUUCUUCAAGAGGGAUGUGAGCAGCACUACUUUAAAUGCAGAUGAAGCAGUGGCCAGAGGCUGUGCAUUACAGUGUGCCAUGCUGUCCCCUGCAUUCAAAGUACGAGACUUCACAAUCACAGAUGCUGUCCCAUUCCCCAUCUCUCUUUCCUGGAGCAGUGAAGCAGAUAUAGGCAAAUCCUGCCAUGAGAUAUUUGGCAGGAACCAUCCCUGUCCCUCAGCCAAACUCAUCACGUUUUACAGACGCAAGUCUUUCAUUUUGGAAGCUUUUUAUUCGGAUCGAGCCUCGCUGCCCUUUCCCGAGGCAAAAAUUGGAGAAUAUAAAGUGCAGAAUAUUCAACCGCAGGAGAAUGGAGAAAAGGCAAAGGUUAAGGUCAGAGUUGAAGUCAAUUGCAAUGGCGUAGUUAGUGUGACCUCAGCCACUGCGGUCACGAGGGUCAGCACUGAUGAGACUGAAACUACGGAAAUAAAUGGGGAGAUGUACAAUGACGAUGGCUUUGACUUGGACGCACGGGACAAGACACAAGAGACAAGCUCCGUUCAGCUCUCGAUAGACAAAGAAAGCCUGCCAACAGCACCGUGUCCCCCCAUGAAAACCGAGCAGAAUCAUACAGAUGCAUUGAGCAUGAACGGAGAAGUAAACAAUCAACCCCCUGAUGCUAAAAAAGCAAGGACGAAGGUUAAACACGUUGGACUUCCCAUCGAGGAGACGAUCAGCCAGCAGUUACUAAAGGAUUGCCUCAGCACUUACAUCGAUCAGGAGAAAAAAAUGACACAGCAAGAUUGGCAAGAGAAAGAGCGAAACAAUGCCAAAAAUGCAGUCGAAGAAAAUGUUUUUUAUUACAGACACAAGCUGGAGGGCCCGUAUCAGACGUGUCUAAGUGCUGAGGACCAUCAGACGUUCUUUGAACUUUUAAAUGGAACUGAGAACUGGCUGUAUGAGGAAGGAGAAGACCAAGAUAAACAGACCUACCUUAACAAGCUGGAGGACAUCCAAAAACUGGGUUUGCCUGUGCAAGACAGAUACCAGGAGUCCAUAAAGAGACCCAAAAUGUUUGAAGAGCUGUCAGCCAAAAUACAGAGCUACAUGAUUAUUAUGGAGGAGUUUAAGAAUGGAGGAAGUACUGUACAUGCUGUCACUUUUACUUUAUUUUCAGAUUUCGACAGUCAAGUGGUGCCUCAGAAUCAGGAACCUGCCAUACACAGCACUCAGAACCGGAAGAAAUUACAGGCACUAAACAACAUUUGUGAGGAGAUUGUAUCCAAACCAAAGCCAAGAGUCGGCUCUCCUAUGGAUAAUAACAUUCAACCAGAGCGCCCACAAAACAAGAAUAGCCCAGAAGAUGUUACAAUGGAAUACACAGAUUUUGUUGAAAAUGACGUGAAAUGCAAUGGUGACAAUAUUGAGUAGCCUAGUGGGAAACAUUGUUUGUCAUGGCCUGUCUUUAGUUGUCAUGCAAACAUAUUUAAAUAAGGCUUUUUGUUUUAUAUAUUUGAUGUUAAGAGGCACGUUUGAAUCUUAUUUCUUAU